AUGGUAGUGCACAAGGUGGACGGAAGCUCUCGAGGGUCAAUAUCGGAACGGUAUCCUCACCGAAACUUGAGUUUCGCCAGUUACUAUGGCGACCACAUGGUUUUGCAAAAGGCCCCCAAGAGAGCCAAUAUCUGGGGUUAUGCAUCCACGUACUCGGAUACUGUGCGCAUCUCUCUUGAUGGAACACCACUCGGAACGACAAGUAGUAGGAUAGGCCCUUCGCCUGGGACCAGUGUUUGGUCAUUCCAACUUCCGGAAACGGCGGCCGGUGGACCCCAUACACUAACUGCAGAAACCAGUCAAGAAAAGAUAACCCUGUCUGAUGUAAUGUUCGGCGAUGUGUGGAUCUGUUCAGGGCAGAGCAACAUGCAGUUUACGUUGAAUAUGGCUUUCAAUGCUUCUGAAGAGAUGGCUGACGCCGUGAACUAUCCCAAUAUCCGAGUGUUCACUGUAACGCUUGGUGGCUCGAGUACUCCUCAGUACGACUUGCUGUCUGUGGAGGAGGCGUGGACCUUACCAUCUAAUGACAGCCUUGGCCAUUCCCCUUGGUCGUACUUCUCUGCUGUGUGCUGGUUGUAUGGAAAAUACCUUUCCUCCACUCUGAACUAUCCCGUUGGUCUCCUAGCAACGUCUUAUGGUGGGACACGUGUAGAGCUGUGGUCGUCUCCGGAUGCUCUUAAACAGUGUAACAUGGACGGCGACCCGCUCAGGAAAGACAUUGAUGCCAUGGGUUUCUCUUCACUUUGGAACGCAAUGGUCCGACCGCUGGUCAACAUGACAAUAUACGGUACCAUUUGGUAUCAAGGAGAAUCAAAUCGCCAUGACAACACCGGUGUGGCUAUCUAUGACUGUACUUUCCCCGCCAUGAUCGACGAUUGGAGACUGAAGUUCUCUCUAGGAUCGGAAUCUCAGACAUCAGAUAUGUUUCCAUUUGGCUUUGUCCAGCUUGCUCCAUGGGAAAACAAUGACACCAUUACUACAGGCUUCACAGACAUUCGGUGGCACCAGACAGCUGACUACGGCUUCGUCCCUAACGACAGGAUGAAGAACACUUUCAUGGCGGUGGCCAUGGACCUGCCGGAUUUCUCGUCUCCGUAUACAGGUAUUCACCCCCGAGACAAGCAGGACGUGGCGCGGAGGCUGUACACAGAGGGCCUGGCUGUCGCCUACAACCAAACGGAGAUGGUUAACCUACGGGGACCGUUCCCUGCAGGGUUCCGUAUACCAACAGGGGACAACAGAACUCUGGCCAUAACCUACAAUAAUCAACCAAUGGGAAUAGAAAUAAGAUCGAAUGAUGGGUUCGAGGUGUGUUGCAUUCAAACUCCGACAACUGAUACUUCGACCUACUGUGCCCUGUCUGACGAUGUGUGGCGUCCUGCUCCUAUUCGGACGUCAGACAGGAGGUCUGUGACUCUCUACUACGGCCAGGCAUGCGACUCUAAGGAGAAGCCCUCCAUUGGCGCUAUACGUUAUGCGUGGAGGGAAUCGCCAUGUCAGUUCAAAAAGUGUGCUGUAUACAACAAGCUCAGUGGUUAUCCAGCUCCUCCCUUCGUCAGAUAUAUUGUGUAGACUUUGUUAUAGAAAUACAAUCAUUUCCCGAAAACUGUUCUACGUGUUAUCAAGA